CCUUGCAAGAGAUUCACUGCCAAGGUGGAGGGCAGGUUGACCGCCUGUUAAACAGUAUCUUGUUUCCUAACCUGGAGAGAUCGAGGUGGUUGCCAUGGCUUCCUUGUCAACAGUUGCUGGAGGAUUCUUUCUGAGUGGCUUCUGGUGAGCACGGCUGCCCAGCAACCACGCAAAGCGUGCUUAGCAGCCGAGCUGAUAGCACAGAGCAGCUGUAGACCAGGCCCCAAAGGAGGACUAGCCAGGGAAGAGAGGCGGACGCCGCCAUGGCCACUCUGAGCAUGAAGCCGGGCCAAAGGUUCACACUCCCAGACUGGCACACCAACAGUGACCUCCUCUCAACCAACGCCGAGCGGCAACGCUUCGCUUCCCACCAGAUCAGGCAGGAGGCCCGGGUCCUUCGCAAUGAAACGAACAACCAGACUAAAUGGGAUGAACACGACAACCGUACACGGCUUAAUGAGCGGAUCGACUGUGUCAAUCGAUGGAAGGAAACCCUGGACAAAUGCCUCACAGACGUCGACACUGAAAUCAACGCCUUGACCCUGAUGAAGGAGGAGGCGGAACGAGCCUUGCAGGCAAAGAACCUGCCACUUGAUGUGGCCAUUGAAAACCUCACCCUCCGGGAGAGUCGUCGAGCCAUCGACGUGGUGAAGGACCCUGUGGAGGAUGAGCUGCAUAAAGAGGUGGAAGUCAUCGAUAGCGCCAAGAAAGACCUUCAGCAGAAAGUGAGCGAAGCCUUUGAGCAGCUCUGCCUAUUGCAAGAGGCCCGUCAGCAGCUGAACUUUGACCAUCGCGGGAAAAUGGAAGGCUUGGAGAUUGACCGGACCUGCGUUUCCCUCAAUAUCAACUCUCCCAAUAUCUCCUACAAAGUCAACCCUACCCGAGUGCCGAUCGGAUCGCUCACUCCAGAGCAGUGGGACCAGUACAGCCAAUAUAACAAGGACCGAGCAGAGGCAGAAAUGAAAGCAGCGGCGGAGUUGCGGGAAGCCAUAGCGCUCACCAUUGCCCAGACUGACAACGAGCUAGAAGCUCAGCGUGUGGCCACAGAAUUUGCUUUCCGGAAGAGAAUCCAUGAUUUGGAGAAGGCCCUUGAUGAGCUGAGGUGGCAAGAGAAGAAUACCCUGGAAGAAAUUGCUGAGCUGGAGGAAGACAUCCGGCGCCUGGAGGAAGAUCUCCGGAACAAGGUGUGGAAUCUGAAACUGGCUCACACCCGCCUGGAGACCCGGACUUACCGCCCCAACAUGGAGCUUUGCCGUGACCAGGCUCAGCAUGGUUUGACGGAUGAGGUCCAUCAGCUAGAAGGAACCAUCGCUGCACUGAAGCAGAAGUUGGCACAGUCCCAGGAUGCUCUGGAUGCUCUCUACAAACACCUGUACCGCAUCCAGACAGACAUUGGCUACAAAACCAACUCCCUCAUGCUGGAUAACAAAUGCAUGGAUAGCAGGCGGAAGCUGACAGUCCCUGCUGAGAAAUUUGUGCCUGAGGUGGACACCUUCAAUCGAACCACCAACCGUACCCUCUCACCCCUCAAGAGUCGACAACUGGAGCUGGCAUAAUGUAAUGGCAUGGGAUUAUAAUCCCCUGAGUAAUGCUGAAGAAAGAAUUGGUUUGGGAAGUGAGCACCACAGUUCCUCUCAGUGCCUCCCUUCCAUGCCGAACCAAGGAUUUAUUUCUCCCUACUCCCAAAGUUGCGCAACUGCCCCUGGUGUGACUCUUAUAGCUUUGGUACUCCAAGAA